GCUUGAGUGACAGCUCCCGGAGGCGGGUAGGAGAGGGUGGCCAAGAUGGCGUCGGAGGGCGAGCUGGGCAGGAAGUGGGACCGGUGCUUGGCUGACUCUGUAGUCAAGCUGGGUGCUGGUUUGGGGCUGGGCAUUGUCUUUUCGGUUGUCUUCUUUAAAAGGAAGACAUGGCCUAUCACUUUUGGGUCGGGGAUGGGUAUAGGAAUGGCCUACUCAAACUGCCAGCAUGACUUCCGGUCUCCUUACCUUCUCCAUGGGAGGUUUGUCAAGGAGCAAUGACGGGGCAGCUGGUGGACUUCUCUACGGCAGAGGGACAGCAAGAUCUCUCUCCUUCCUCUGGAGGAUCGAACUGCCCCAGCGCCGAGGCAGAGCGCUCUGCAAGUGGUCACCUGAUGCUCUUUUCUACGGCCAGCUUAUUUAUGCCUGAAACCAAAUCUCAUUUUGUAUCUUCUGCUGGAGACAGCAGGGAAGGUGCUGUUCUGAGAAAAUAAAACCCCCAACGGCGGCACACGUGUGCGCUCCCUUCUCCCCACUCU